AUGUCACGCACGUGCAAAGCACAUUGCGAGAGAAGAUUUGGCUCGCCAGACCAUGACAGGCGCUCUCCUAGUCAGCAUGGCGCCUGCAAGGCUCGUGGUCAGCAGCACUACAGGAGUGACGGCCACGUGCAGGGCUGCUGCAGGAAGAGUUGCGUAAUGGGAUGCACGGGUGCAGGGGAGAGCACCUGGAGGUCAGGUACCCUUUCGGCCGCAUGCUCGCGCUGGUAUGUGGAGGCAUUGUUUUGCUGGGCGGCGGCAUCCAGCUAUAAGUGUAACGCAGAGAUGGAGUGGAGGGGAGGCGAACAUACAGUUACGGUAGUCACACACAAUUUGGUCACGAUCAAUAAAGCUACCUGGCUCAUCGCCCACACGGAGAGUGUAUUAUUAUUAGUAAUGUUGCAAUCCAGCGUUCGGAUUCUCGGCGAUGCACACUGGCGCACGAGCGCCGGCAAGGGACAUCCGGAGGCACCGUGCCUCUCGCUUACCGGCUGUCGCACGGGAAUGGACGAAAUUGCCAAUGUGAACAUCCUCAUGAAGAAUUAG